GGUGGGAGGAGGAACGGAUGACUAAUAACAAGAAUGCCUCGGGUGCUUGCCGUCACUUAACUCAGAACCGUGGGAAGAGUUGCUAGUUCUUCUGAACUGUCGUCUGAACACCAUCUUCUGAACACAAUUUUCUGAAGACAACAUUCAUCAUGACUGAUGACCAGAUAGUGGCUCACAUUCUCGGCGAACUGGACAGAAAUAUAACACCUCAAAUUAAACCAAAUACUAUGGUGGUUAAUGACUUUGUCUCAAAGGUCCAGGAACAAUUCGGCAAUAGUGACUUUAUAUCCGAGUCAGGCUUCCCAUUAUCUUCAUCAGCAAGCAUUCGUUAUCAGUGGUAUUAAUGUUCACGAAGCUUAUCAGGCUGGUGUCCGUGGUAACAUUCUUCACGAAGCUCAUCAGGCUGGUGUCCGUGGUAGCAUUCUUCACGAAGCUUAUAAGGCUGAUGUUAUGCAUGGAGGAAGUGCCUAUGAAGCUCUCUCUGUUAAAGUUAAGACAGACUUUGACAUCAUCAUUUUACUGUCUGAUCCCUAUGUGGGUAAAAACUUUGAGGUGGAGCGUGAUAGCAGUGGGUUCUUCCGCUUAAAAUGGAAGCCGCCACGUCAUGGCUACCUGGAUGCUGUUAAGCUUCAAAAGCAAGCUUUCGAAGAAUUGAGUAGAUGUGUGGACAUAGUGACGUCCAGGAAAAUGGUUCAACAGGUGCAAAGUGUUAAGUAUAAGGAAGGUCUUGCUGCUCUUGACUUGGAAAUUACAACAAGAGAUGGUCGCAGAAUCAGUGUUGACUUGGCAGCACAAAUUGCAGUUCGCGAAUGGAAGGGUGCCGACCUGGUAAGACUGAAGGACCUCCCACAGACACUGCAAAUGUACAUUGACAAGCUGCAAAGGAAUGGUUCACCCAUUUAUUUCAUCUCUCCAUCAGUACCUGGAAGGCAUGUAGACAAAACCCAACUCUGCAAUAUUUCCUUUUCCAUGCUGGAGAAAGAGUUCCUGAGGUCACAUGUUGAAAUCAGAGACAUGGUUCGAAUGGUGAAGCUGGUUGGAUUAGCUUGUGACUGGAAAAAAAAGUUCACUCUGAAGUCCUUCUAUAUCAAACGCCUCGCAGUCAAGUUCUCUGACGAGUUGCAACAUCAGACAAAAUGGGCAGGAUACAGACUCCUGCUACAGCACCUUCGUGACGAGUUACAGCAGACAAAUACUAUCGAUGGUUUUUUCGUACAUGGUCAAGUCUUGUACAAGAAGAAACCAGAGAAGAUUCAAGAGUUCUGCCGUGCCAUAAAUGAGGCAUUGUCAUGGAAUUCGCAGCAGGUAUACGACAAAGUCAAGAUAUUUAUUAAAUAAAUUUUUGCAGAACCUCCUGGCAAUCAGUAUGAAUUUAUUUAUAUAUAUAUAUAUAUAUAUAUAUAUAUAUAUAUAUAUAUAUAUAUAUAUAUAUAUAUAUAUAUAUAUAUAUAUAUAUAUAUAGUGUGUGUGUGUGUGUGUGUGUGUGUGUGUGUGUGUGUGUAUACAUAAGCACAUUAGCCGUUUCCCACCAAGGGAGGGUGACCCGAGAAAGAAGAAACACUUUCCUCAAUCCAUUAAUGUCUUGCCAGACGCGUGCCUACAAUACCGUUAAAAAACUAAAUAACUGCAACAAAUAAACACCCGUCCUUCAGAGUGCAGGCACUGUACUUUCCACCUCCAGGACUCAAGUCCGGCUAAUCGGUUUCUCUGAAUCCCUUCACACCAGCAAGAGGCUAAAUCAUAAAAGCCACUCAUCACCCCUCGUUCCUAUCUAACACGCUCACGCACACUUGAUGGAUCCAAGUCCAAACUCUCACACAAAACUUCCUUUACUCCCUCCCUCCAACCUUUCCUAAGACAACCCGUUUCUUCCACUACAGAUUUAUACACUCUCCAAGUCAUUCUAUUUUGUUACAUCCUCUCUAAAUGACUGAACAACCUCGGCAACCUCUCCUCAGUCCUCUGGAUAAUAAUUUUUUAAAACCCUACUCUUUCUUCUAAUCUCCAAAUUAUGGAUUCUCUGCAUUAUAUUCACACCACACAUUGCCCUCAGACACGACAUCUCCAUUGCCUCCAGCCUUCUCCUCGUUGCAUCAUUCACCACCCAUGCUCUCAUAUACUUAUAUGAGAGUACCACUAUACUCUCAUACAAGUCCUCUCCCAUCUGAAUACAUUCACUUCCUACUCCCUCCCUCCAAUCUGAUAUCCAAUCUUUCAUUACCUAUUUUUUUUUAUUUUCAUCACCUUGCUGUUACCUACAUUUACCUUCAAUUUCGUUCUUUUACAUGCCCUUCCAAACUCGUCCACCAACCUCUGUAACUUCUCUUCAGAAUCUCCCAAAAACAGUGUCAUCAGCAAAAUGCAA